AUGUGGCGGAAAACAUAUCAUAGGCAUUUCGUUAUCAACGUUUAACGGAAAGAUGAAGCUAUUCUUGGUUUUCACCUUGGCGACAUUGGCUUUUGCCAAACGAUUUGAUGGUGAUCAGGUUUUGACCCUUCACCCAACCAGCUCCGAACAUGUUAUAACCAUCAACGAAAUGGAGGAAUUCGCGGAUUUCUGGAGACCGGACAGUCCUAGUUUGGUUCGAGAGGGCUCUCCCGUCGACGUAAGAAUCCCUCGAGAAUACCUUUUUAAAACCAAGAGAGUACUUGCAGCUAUUAAUAUGGACUUUGAAGUCAAAGUAAAUGACGUGCAGGAUACAAUUGACCACCAGUUUACCGGAACCAAAACUCCCUAUGCUGGAGCGUAUGAUUACGACGUUUACCACACUGACGUAGAGAUUGAAAGUUGGGCUUUUGAUAUGCAAAGCCAAUACAGCAGCCUUCUUAAAGUAGAAACACCAACUAAAUCUGAAGAAAACAGAAAUAUCGUCCGACUUACAAUGGGCUCAAGCCAGAAUAACCCAAUUUUCCUUAUUGAUUGUGGAAUCCAUGCCCGUGAGUGGAUCUCUCCAGCAUUCUGCCAAUGCUUCGUCAACCGCAUGCUGAGCCAAUACAACACUGACGCAAAUGUUAGAAGCAUGAUGGACGCCCUUACUUUCGUCAUUUACCCACUUCUUAACGUUGACGGUUACGCUUACACCUGGAGCGAUGACCGUAUGUGGAGAAAGACGCGCAGCAAUUACGGUACAGUAUGCACCGGUGUAGACCCAAAUAGGAACUUCGAUGCUGAGUGGUCCGGCCCAGGUUCCAGCUCCAAUCCUUGCUCCGAUACCUACUACGGCCCCGAGGUAGCAUCGGAACAAUUAUCCAAGGAGCUGUCAAACUUUGUACUAUCGCACACUGGUGAAAUACAGGCUUACCUUACCUUCCAUAGCUACGGCCAAGUGUACAUUUACCCAUAUUCAGACGCAGUGAAGGACGUCGACAAUAAACAAGAGCAUAACGAUAUAGCUAUAGCAUCGGCUGCAGCAUUGGAAGCUGUACACAGAAAACAAUACACUUAUGGACCUGGAUAUCAAUCAAUGUACCUUGCUGCCGGAGGAUCUGACGACUUCAGCAAGGACUUUGGUGUACCACUGGUAUAUACCAUUGAGUUAAGAGACACUGGAAGAUAUGGAUUCAUACUACCAGAAUCCCAGAUUGCUCCUUCUUGCGAAGAAACUUACGCAGCAGUUGACGUCAUUGCUCAACACGUGAUGACCAAAUUAUAAAGAAACAGUUCAAGAAAUAAAUUACGAACUUAAUUCAACGUGCAGUUUAAUUUCAUGCAUUUAAUAAAAACGGAAAAAUCUUG